AUGGAUAGAAUCAAAUCCAAGAGUGAGAAGUCUCUUUGUGAGAAAUCGAUGAAGGUUGUAGUAAAUAUCAUUAAGCUGUCUUCUUUCUCUAUUGCACAGAUGACUCUCGGUGCUACAAGUACUAGAAAGUCUGAUCCAGAGUCUGAUAUGGACUCUGAUGGGGAUGCACCGAUUUCUGACCAAUUACCUACAAGCAGACGGUCACAACAGCCGCAGAGCCGUGCAAACCCCACAUAUGUGAUCAAGUCGGGUGGAAGCAAUGGAUCAACUGAACAUUUGAUUUAUCAAGAAAGAGUCCCUACUGAUGUUAACCCAAAGAAAGAGCAGUGUGUUGAUGGAUUGGCUUCUGACUAUAUCAGCAAGAUACGCAACAAGCUUGGGCGUGAUGUAUAA